GAGUGUAUUGUGUCAUGUUGAUUGUUGAUGACGUGGCCGGUAACCAUAAUAGGGCCCGGCGGUUUUUGAUAUUCGAUGACGUCAACGCAGUAGAUAUUGAUACGACUGACCAGUACCCUAUGUGGGUUGAUUCGGCAGCAGAGAAUACAUCCUUUCUUUGGCAAACUGAUCUUCAAGAUACAAACAACACAGGGCCCAGAGUGGUGCUACGGUGGACAGGACAUUUCUAUAACUGGUUUCACAGACAACACAAAUUCCUCAACGCAAUUGAAGAUGAUUCACCUCCGUUGACGUCACAAUACGAAGAGGUCACGGGUCAACCUCCAGCAACCAGGUCACGUGAAGCAAUACCAAACAUCAACGCCAUCGUCCGAUUUGAAGUGAACUACGAUAUAGACAACAAGGGAGGUCGCACUAUCAGUUAUCCAUCAGGAGUCUGGAGCAGCAUUGAAAACGUCAUGCAUGAGUUCCAACAUUUCGAUGUUCCCCGUAACGACGGUGAUUCCAUUCAUUUAUGGGUGAGAGCUACAGACGUGAUGGGCAACAGCAACCAAGAUGAUGUUCUGAUUCACGUGGAUUCGUCGCGACCAGAAAUCCAUAAUAUAUCGUCAGUAAAAAAUGUAAAACCAUCUACUUUACGGAUUAUUUUCCAAACCUACGAUGACCACAGUGGAGUACAUACUAUUCAGUGGCAUUUGAUGGACUUGGUGAAUGUCAACGUGACGCGUGGUAGUGGUCAGGUUGUUGUGAAAAAACCAACGAUCGGUGUUUCAUUAUGUGAGCUUCCAAACUGUGCUUGCAUACCAAAAGACGAUGAGUGUUAUUAUAGAGAUUACGCCGUAGAACUCGAUGAAAACUUGCUUGGAAUUCCAACUGAAAAUCAAGAAGAAAACAGCAUAUAUUAUUAUUCAUUUACAAUCACAACAACAAACAACGCCAUGCUUACGACUACAAGAUCACACCAGAUUGCUGUUAAUGCAAGUUCAGAAGGUGCGCGAGACGAAAAGACAAAUAGUAGUACAGUGAUCGAUAUUGUGUUACCACUUGGUGCAACGGCUGCUGUAGUUGUUACAGCGAUAACUAUUAUAGGUGUAGUUGUGUUAUGUCGUAGGAAGAAAAGCAAACAAACAGAGAGUGAUGCAGAUGAAAACACGGCAGUUGCAGACCAUUCAACACUUGGUGGCGUUGGUCAUGUGUAUGAUAAUAUCGCAGAGUAUGAACAGGGUUACAUGUCACCCAUCAGGAAAGAUAUUAAAAUGAACCAAUACGAAUCGGUCGUUAAUUGCAAACAGCAAUACGCUGAUGUCAUCAAAGACGAUAUUACAGAAAAUGUCUACGAAACUCCAACUAGAUUUCACUAA